AGCAUUGCGAAAAUGACUGGAUCAGAUUACAGAAUCCUGCAACCUUAUCCUCUACUACAAACACUUCCAAACUAUCAAUACCUCUGAUUUUCCCACCAAAAAGAAAAAAACCAGAAAAGCAAACAAAAGAAAUUAGAAAAAAAAAAAAAAGGAAAGAAAAUCAAGAAAUGGCAACAACAUUUCUCUCAACUGCAAAAUCCUUCCUCUCCUCUAAUCUACCAUCUUCUUCAUCAUCAUCAUCAUCAUCAUCAACAUCUUCUUCUUUGUCUUCAUUAACUGCACCUUUAUUAUUUUGUCCACAAAAGAACAAUGCAAAGAGACCAAUCAUAUUAUGCAAAGCUUUGAGUGAGUCAGCACCACCAACUUCUCCAAUUAUAAGCAAAAGAAGUCUCUCUGUUUGCUUCAUUACCAGUUUUGUAUUUUCAUUGACUAGUAGGGGAAAUUCCAGUGCCAAUGCAGCUAUUUUAGAGGCUGAUGAUGAUGAAGAGCUUUUGGAGAAAGUGAAGAAAGAUAGAAAGAAAAGAAUUGAAAGACAAGGUGUUAUUAGCUCAUCCAACAAGGAAAAAGGGUAUUUGCAGGAUGUGGUUUACAAGCUGAGCAAAGUAGGUCAAGCCAUAGAAAACAAUGAUUUAACUACAGCUAAUUCAGUUCUCGGGGGAACCACGGAUACAGAUUGGGUCCAAAAGGCUAAUUUAGCUUUCGAUAAGCUGAGCUCUAGUCCUGAAGAGAAGAAUCAGGUUGAUACAUUCAAUUCCUCACUAGCUUCAUUGAUUUCAUCAGUUGUUCGAAAUGACAUUGAAUCCUCAAAAACUGCUUUUGUGUCAUCAGCCACUGCAUUUGAGACAUGGACAACCUUGACAGGGCUGGUUGCUCAGCUAAAAGGGCUUUAAUAAGGAGAGGCAGGAUUCUGUUUUUUCUUUUUCUUUUUUCCUGUUUGUUCUUUCUUCAACAUUCACAGCUCCAGUUGAUUACCCUGGCUCAUUUUAUUCAAUCCUUCACUGAUUUUGUUUGUAGUCGCGUCGACCUGGAGGCCAACAGGCUAUUUUCCUGGCACAAGAGUAUUAUUUCUUUGCUCAAUCUUCUUGAGCUUCGGUUACAAGCAAUAACAUUGUCCUUUUUUUGUUUU